CUGCCUGUCAGGCUCUCCCAGUCUGUUCAUCACAGCGUGCAGGGUGUUACAGAGGACUCCAGCUUCAUCGUGUUCUCCUGGCUAGUUCCACACCGAGCCAGGGCUCCACAGGAAGGGAUAAAGCACUGAAGAUCUCCUGUGAAUAUCAGAGGAUGGUCAACCUUCCACCAUUUCUCGAAUAUUCUGCAUUCAAAAGGAGGCACUUCAUGAGGAGGUAAAACCAUUUGUAUGAAUUAAAAAGGGACAUCACAGUGACCUCACCUCAGCCUAAAGCCUACAUGGAGUCUGUUGUCCAGGGUGGAGUAACCAAGGAACUCAAGAUGUCCGAGUUGGUGGAAUUAAUUGUGGAGACGGCGGCCGAAGCUGGAGUGACAGGAUUUAGUGUGUCUGGUGGAGGCAAAGAAGGAAUCUUUGUCAAGGAGGUGCUGAAGGAUUCGAGGGCUGCGAAAGCACUCAAUCUGAAGGAGGGAGAUCAGCUUCUCAGUGCUAAGGUCUUCUUUGACAAUGCGAAGUACGAGGAUGUGCUGAAGAUUCUCCAGAGUGCCGAACCAUACAAAGUCGCCUUCUGCCUGAAACGAACAGUGCCCAGUGCUGAUGUGGCCAUUUCAUCAGACACCGGGAGCCUUGAACUGAAAGGACCAGAAGCUAAAAAGACUAAACUGAGUAUCAAGAGCAUUUCGCCUGUCAAAAAUCCCAAGAGGUUAAUGAAGGGGAAGGUCCUCAGCAAGGAGGAGGCAGACAUCGAACUGGAUGUGCCAGUGGAUGUAGAGUUCGCAUUCCCUAAAUUCUCCACAUUUAAGAAACUGACUAUCACUUCCCCCAAGGAGGCAGCAGUUUUGAAAGGUGAUGCCAAAUUCAUUCAUCCUGAGGCGGAAGCUGAACUCACUUUGGGAGAGAGUCAGGUCAAAGACAAGAAGAGAAAGCUCAAGUUCCCGGGGUUCUGGACUGGAGAGUCAGGGAAGGCCAAGCUUGACAUCCUGGAGCCUCCAAAGGAAAAGGGUGCAAUCCUGGUGAAGAAGCCACAGGUGACAACCAAAGAGUUCAAAGGCACUGGGUUGGAGGUGAAGGCCGGAGCUAAGGUGCCUGCUGUCGACCUCUUGUCUGAAACGAGAAAAGGGAAAGUAGAUGUCCCCACUUCCAAAAGUAAAACUGAACUCAAGGUGUCUGAUGGAGCAGAGGUGUCUGCUGAAGGAGAAAUUCCUGAAGGUAAAUUGAUCCUCGGGCUCCCAGCGAAAACCCCUCAGGUUGAGAUAGAUAUUGGCUUACCAAAAGCUGAAAUCAAUGUCAAAGGCCCAUUGGUUGAAGACGCGGCGAGUGCUAAAGGGCCCAGCUUUAAGCUGAAGAUGCCGUCAUUCGGGCUGAAAGAUAGCGAGGCCAUGGAUACAACAGGUCCCACCGGUAAAGUGGAAAAACGAGAAACUGAAGGUGAGGUAGCUGGCCCAGAGGAAAAACUGAAGAUGCCUCAGAUAUCGAUGCCCAGCAUUGACAUCUCUGUACCAAAACUAAAACAAACAGCAGAAGUGGACAUGCCUAAACGAGGUGUAGAAGUUGUCGUUGGUCCUUAUAAAACAGAAGGCUUGGAGGGAAGAGUUAAAGAAUUUGCUCACAAAGUCACAACAUUUGAUGUUGCAACGUCCAAAGUCAAGGUGCCUGAUAUUGACAUCAGCUUGCCGAAAGGGAGAGCUGAUGUUUCAGCUGAUGUGAAAGCUGCAAAGUUUGAGGGUGAAAUCCAGAAAUCAAUGAUUGGUAUCGAAGGGCCAGAGGUCAAGUUGAAGAUGCCAAAAGUAUCACUCCCAGACUUUGGCAUCUCUGUCAAGGACAAAGAAGGUGGGGAAGUGGAAGUUGAAGGCCCUGAUGUCAAAGCUCCAGUGUUAAAGAUCCCAAAAUUUGAAGUCUCACUUCCCAAAAUGAAACUGGGAGAGGCAGAAGUCGAUGGCUCCGCUCCAACAGCUGAGGCACGUGUGAAAGACCCUGUGUCUGGGGUACAGGUUUCCAAAGCCAAAGUGGACCUCAAGGGCCCUCAAGUGGAAGGAGGUGAGGCAAAAAUUAAACUGCCCUCAAUGAAAAUGCCAACCAUUGACAUUACAGCGCCAAAGGUAACAAUUCCAGAUGUUCACCUCCCAACUGCUAAAGUAGAGGUCUCUGCUCCAGACAUUACAGCUGACUUGAAAACACCCAAAGUCAGCAUCGGAGGUCCAAGGGUUGAUGGGCAAGGGCCUGAAGUGAGUUCUGAGGGAUUCAACCUGAAGAUGAAAGUGCCAAAAACAUCCCUCCCGCAGUUUGACAUCUCGCUCGGUGGCAAAGAGGCUGAGGCUAAAGUGGUUGGAAAACUGGAAGUAGCUGGUGAAGAUGCCAAAUUCAAAGGAAUGAAGAUCCCCAAAUUUGAAGUGUCUCUGCCCAAAAUGAAACAUGCGGAAGCCGAAACUGAGCUUCCAGCUGAAGCGGCUGUAAGUGGCCCUGGCCUUGAUUUGAUUGGAAAACUGCCGUCCAUCAAAAUGCCAACAAUUGACAUUUCAGCCCCCGAGAUUAAGAUGCCUGACUUGAAUGUGCAGCUUCUGACAGAGAAGGCAGAGGUCUCAGUGCCAGCUGUUGAAGGUGGCUUCAAGGGAGGCCCAAAAAUCGACAAGCAACCUUCUGAAUUAACUCCAGAGGCUCUCGAUCUGCAGUUGAAGAUGCCAAAAGUGUCUCUGCCGAGCUUCGGCCUAUCAUCCAGUAGUAAAGAGGUGGCAGGGGAAAUGAGCAGCCCUGAGAUGGAGGUUAAGGGGAAACUGCCAUCAGUCAAAAUGCCAACUAUUGAUAUCUCAGCGCCUGAGGUCAAAAUACCCAAGCUGGACAUUGAUGUCUGCCUUCCGAAAGAAAAAGGAGAAACUGCUGAGCUUGCUGUCAGAGCGGAUGCUAAGGUCCCUAGUGUUGGCUUUACAUCACCAAAGGUUGCUGGGGAGAGCAAAGUGCCUGGAGUUAUCCCAGCAGAUACUGAUGCUACAUUUCAAAUGCCAAAGGUAUCUCUUCCAAAGUUUGAAAUUUCACUGAAGAGCAAAGACACCAGAGAAGACAUUGAUGUGAAGGCUAAGGAAGGGUUGGACGUUGAAGGUCUAGAUGGGAGAGUAAAGAGUCCACAGCUUAAAAUGCCCAAAUUGGCAGUGGCUCUUCCUAAACUGAAAUCAGGUGAAGUUGACAUAACUGGCCCAACAAUUGAGACCGACACCAAAACUGACAAACGAGACUCAAAAAUCUCAAAGGGUAAAGUUGAGUUGGAAGGAGUCGGAAGUUCAAAGGAUAAACUGAAACUGCCUUCAAUGAAAAUGCCAUCCAUUGACAUUCCUGUCUUUCAGAUGGAGGGCCUAAAUAUUGACAUCAGUCUUCCUUCAGUGAAGUCAAAGCCAGCUGCUGAAGGCGAUUUGAAGUCAGACAGAGGCAGUAUUGAAGGAGCUGAAGCCAAAUUGAAAAUACCCAAAGUGUCUCUACCAAACUUUGCUUCAAAGAGCAAAGUGGACACAGAGGCAGAUGGUAGCCCGUUAAAAGGUGACGGGAAAGCAUCUCUGCCAGAAGCAAAGGGUAAAGUUCAAGUCAAAGGUAAAUCCCUCAACAUUGGGAUCAAAGGACCUUCUGUCGAUGUAGACGUUGAUGACAUAAAGCUAAAAGGGAAGGAGGGCAAGCUUAAAAUGCCCAAGUUCAAAAUGCCGACAUUUGGAACACCCAAAAAAUACGAAGAGGGUGUUGACAUCGCCACUCCUGAUAUUGAAACACACACUUCGAAAGGCAAGCUUAAAGUUCAGAGAGCAGAAGUGGAAACAGGGAGCCCAGAGAGAAAAGGCAGGAUUUCCAAAUUUGGGAUUUCGGGGUUUAAAAGCAAAUCUUUAGAUGCUGAAGUGAGUCUUUCUUCAGACACUAAGUUGUCAAAGGGGAAAGUAGAGAUGAAAGACCCCAGUGCCAGUAUGAAAGCGCCUAAGGUGGACAUCAGCACUAAGGCUCCUGAUCAGAGCACUGGAGCCCAUGAUAUCAAACUGAAGAUACCUUCCUUCUCAAUGCCCUCCAUUGGUAUAUUGGGAUCAAAAGCAGAAACAGACAAAGAAGUGGGUACCAAAGGAACUUCUGGCACUUUUGAUGCCGAAGCAGAAAGCAAGUUGAAAAUGCCAAAUAUACAGAUGCCAGCGAUUGAAAUUUCAGUGCCUCAGGUCAGGCAGGCAGAUGCCGAGGGACUGUUGCCAAGGGCAGAGGUCGAUGUCUCAGAAGUCGACCUGAAAACCUAUGGGGGAGAUUUAAAGAUUCCAAAGGUGAAAGGUGAGGCACAGGACUCGGAAGGGAAACAGAAAGUUCCGUUGGUGAAAAUGCCAUCCAUUGACAUUUCAUUGCCCAAAGUAAAAGCUCCAGACGUUGACCUCAGUUUGUCUGUGCCCAAGGUUGAUGCCUCAGGGCGAAAGGUUGAAGGUGAGGCUACUUUAAUAAGCUCUGAACCUGAAGAUGGAGAAUUCAAACUGAAAAUGCCCAAGAUUGGGAUGCCCAAGAUUGGGAUAUCUGAGUCAAAGGAAAAAGAGACUGGUGUUGACAUUUCAGCUACUACGGAUUAUCACAUAGGGGACCCUGAAGGUAAAGGGAUAAUGUUCAAAACUAGAAUGCCGAAAGUUGACCUUUCUCUACCCAAAGUUAAACCAUCAGACACUGAUAUUGAGAUGGAUGCCUCUCUGCUUGAGGGUGAGGGACCUGAUGCAGAAGGGAAAUUCAAAAUGCCAGGAUUUGCUCUUCCAAAGUUCUCACCACCGAAAAUGGUGGCUCCAGAGUUGGACCUCAAUAUCCCGUUUUCCAAAGACAAAAAGGUGGCUAGUGAGGCAACAGGCCUCAAAACUGACACUCAGACUGCAGGGGGUGAAUUUCAAAUAAAGAUCCCACAGGUGUCUUUGCCUAGUUUUGGCAUUUCGUCAGCGGAAGCGACCAGCACAGGCAUGGACAGCCCAACCGCCAAAGCGAAACCAAAAGGAAAAACAGAAGUUAAAAGUGCUCGGGCGGAUGGAGGGACUGAAGUAGAAAGCCUCGAGGGGAAGACCAAAGGGGGAAAAAUCAAGAUGCCCAAGUUGCAAAUCAGCACCCCAAAGGUAAAGGCUGAAGGGGACAUACCUGCGGCAAAAGAGGUUGCUAAAUCUGACACAGAAACAGAGGGAGGAAUAUUGAAACUGAGCCUGCCAAAAUUUGGGAUUUCACCAAAAUCUACAGAGAUGGAAGCCAAUUUAGAGCAACGGGGCUCAGAUGGGAGCCCCAGAGAAUCCAAAGCAAAAGUGUCCAUGUUUGACAUCUCACUUGGGAAAGGGCACAAGGGCGAGGGGGACGCUGGUCUGGGAGUUUCUGGGGUGACCAAGGGGGACUUUGAAGCAAGUGGUGGCAGAAAGUCAGACAGGUUCAAGAUUAAGAUGCCAUCAGUUACCAUUCCCAGCCCAAAAGUGGACAUCGAUUUCAGCAGAGCUUCACCAAAAGGCAACGUUACUGAUCAAGAGGUUAAAGCUGCAGUGAAAGAAGCAGGGGGAUUCCGGGUAAAAGGUGAGAUCCAGGCCCAAGAUGUGAGCUCAGAGAGUCCCGAGUCCCCAUUUAAAAUGCCCAAAUUGAGGAUGCCGGAUUUUAGCAUUUCUGGCAAGAAAGGUGGUGACAUGACGGUGGAAAUUAAGGAAAUUUCAGAAAGGGACCCUCGCAGAUCGAACGUUGAAGUGGAUCUUGAGGGCCCAGAGGCAGAUGCAGACGGGAUGCUCCAGAUGUUGAAGAUGAAGAUGCCCAAAGUUGAGAUUGGCUUGCUAGGAGAGGAUUCAGAUGGAGCCAGAAAAGCAGAGGGUAAAGUCGGAGUGGACGCUUGGCAGAUUGGCCAAGAGACUUCGGAAGAAAUAUCUGCCAAGGGGUACUUUAAGAUGCCUACUGUUGAGAUUUCAACACCCAAGAUCAGAGAUUCAUCAGCUGGGGUGGAAGGAAGUGCCACUGAAAUUGGCCUCCAUCAACCGGGUGGCAGAGGAGGUCCACCAGAAGGUGAUGCCGAUGUUCUUCAGCUGAGGAUGCCCAAGAUUGAGCUGCCCUCGUUCGGCUUGGAACCCAAAAAGGAAAAUCAGGAACAAUCGGGAGAUCGAAGCAGCACAGGGGCUACUGCGGGUUCCUCUGUGUCAAAGACUAAAACAAACAUUCAAGGUCCGCAAGUGACCGUCAAAGGUUUGCAAGUUGAAAUGGAGGCGACAGGAGCAGAGCUGGAUACUUCAGAAAGCAGACUGAGCAAACUCAAAGGGAAAAUGUCAAAGUUGGGUGUGGAGUUGCCAAAAGUCACACAGCAAGAGGAGGUGAAGGUAACCUCCGGUGCAUUUCAGGCUGAGGGCACAGCAAAGGCAAGUUAUACAUCUCUUAAGGCCGACGUCAACUUGCAUGAUGCAGAGCUCAAAGGAUCUGAAGGAAAGCCAAAAACUGACAAAGCCAGAAAGCAGCUGCUCGGGUUUGGAAAGGCUAAAGAGAAAGGCAAGGACCUGACUGGCCACUUACCAGAAGGAGACAUUGAAACGUCUUCACCCAAGGCCAAAGGACAGAGCAAAUCUCUGUCUGCAAAGGACGACAUUGGUGUUGGAAUUCCAUCGGAGAGCGAUAGCGCAGUGGGCAAAGUGAAGAUGCCCAGUGUGAAGAUGCCGAGCUUUGGAAUCUCCCUGUCUAAAAGUAAAACUGUGGAGGUCAAUGGGGGUUUGGAGGCAGACAGGUCCACGAGAAAAGGAGAGGCCUGGGGGUUUCAAACUGCUCGGAAGAAGGCUGCAGGAGCUGAGGAAAGUGAUGACACAGAUAGCUCGGAUGGGAAAUCCAAAAUGAAACUGAAGUUGCCCAAGAUCAGUUUCACACCUGUUAAAAUACCCACAGUUGAUGUUGCUUUGGGUGGGCCUGAUUCACCUGUUGCCAGGAAACCAGGCGAUGCCUCAGGCCUUCAUGUCAAUGGAGAGGGUGAGACGGCUGGCAUGAUGGGAAAAAUCAAACUGCCAAAAGUGGAAUUUUCCUCUCCUUAUCUGAGGGCCAAGGACGGUGACUACGAACAAAGCCUCCAACUGGUCAAAACAGAAAUGUCUGUGUCGAAAGAUGAUGCUGGUGCCAAGUCCAGUUCUGGCCCAUCUCCCAGGUCCUCAUCUCCCCGAGUGAAUGGAGAGGACACCAAAGGCAAAGGCCUGAAAAUAUCCUUCUCAGGCCUCCAAAAGAAAAUCCAUGAAAGAGAUGGAGAGCCAGAUGGGUUAAAUCUGGUGACGUCAAAUGCCAGGACUGAGCUGGUUCUGCUGGAAUCCAGUGGGGAUGCCAGGCACGCCAAGACUAACAAGUCAAAACCCGUAGUGGGCUUUACUUCAGGUAAAUCCAAGGGAAUGUACGCUGUUCAAGGCACUGCCUCAGGCCUCUCUGACUCGGGGAAGGUGUCCAAACUAAAAAGCACCACAGAUGGCCGUGGGGAGGUGAAAGAAGAGUCAGAAAUGAAGGAUAAGUCCACUAAAUUCAAACUCCCCAAGUUUUCCCUUGGCUCCAAGUCUAAAGGGGUACUGGACGUCACCACCACAGAAUAUGAAAACAAUGUUAUGUCAGAACUACAGCUCGAGGAUGAUGAGUCCACAGAACGGCACUUUAAAUUCCAGAUGCCCAAAGUAGGCUUCACAACCGUCUACCAUGAGGAACACAUUUCUGAGGAGAAGAUCUUUGAAGGAGAAGGCCCCAUCAUGGGGUUUAAGGGCAAAAAACAGAUGAAAAUUGGAACUGUGACUGAUAAGUCUACCAGUUUUUAACUGAAGGUCAGAAGCAGCAAGGGACAAGUUCCUGAGUGGAACAGAGACUUGAGUGUUGUACAGAUUUCCCUCACUUUCAACAAAUUAACAAACAUUCCUGUGUUUCACAGCAGACAGAUAAAGGUGACUGGACUAUAACUCGACACAAUACAGGCUGCAGUCUCCCUGGACUAGCAAUGGUAGUUCAAACUGGACUGUCCAAUGCUGUACGUUAUGAUAAGGCAACUUGUGAUCUUCUAAUGGAGGAAGUGCACAGAACACUACUGAUUGUUCUGUACUGACAUGUUCCCUAUGACUAACACUCACCAACAGACUUUAUCACAUUCACUCACCCCUAAUCUUCUCUUGGUUCCUUCAAAGCAUUAGCCUUGAAUGGUGAUUUUCCUCAAGUAUUGUGGUCUUACUAUAUUAAUUGUAGAUUAAAACCCAAUGACUUAGCUAAUGAUGAAGAGACAAUUUUAUGGACAAUUGUUUCAUUUGGUUGUGAUUAAGGGUCUCUAGAAGGAUGCCAUUUAUUCAAUUCAGGUAGAAUUAAAGGGUGGCACAGUGGCUCAGACACCAGGGACCUUGGUUCGAUUCCACCCUCACGGGUCUGUCUCUGUGAAGUUUGGACAUUCUUCCUGCAUUAGUGUGGGCUUCCUCCCGGUGCUUCGGUUUCCUCCCAUAAGUCCAAAGAUGUGCAGUUUGGGUGGAUUGGCUAAAUUGCCCAUUGUGUCCAGGGAUGUGCAGGCUGCAUGGAUUAGCCAUGGGAAAUGAGGAGUUAUGGGAUAGGAUGGGGGGUGGGCCUGGAUGGAAUGCUCUUCAGAGGGGCGGGUGUGGUUUCAAUGGGCCAAGUAGCCUGCUUCCACACUGUAGGGAAUCUAUCAAUAAACAGGAGGAAAGAAGAGGAUAAAUGAAUCUCAGAGAUAAGUUAAACUUAGAGAGUGAGAUAAAUAGACAGAGUUUAUGAAGUGUCUGAUCCCGAAGUGGUGAAUAGGUUGGCUAGUGAAUUCCAGUGGGGUGAACCAGUCCUGUCCUGUUUGCUUUGUUGAGUUUGCUUGAAGAGUUAUCUCAGAAGGACCUUGGCCAGUUGAAGACCAUUUCAUCAAACUUUGACUGUGCGAAAUAGCUGUGUAAAGUGAAGUUGUUAAAUAGGAGGAAGUGCUAAGGUUCUUGGAAUGUUCGAAUCUUAACCUGUGUUUUACAUGGAGCAAUGUGUAGACAGGCUACAGGAGCAUGUCGAAACCCCUGAAAAGUAUAAUGAAAAGUUAACAAGAAUUCUUAAGGAGCCUAACUGAGCAUUUAUAUGCCAUUAACGGUUCUCAUUAGCAUACAGUCAUGCAAAGUGCAUGUACUGCCUGUUUUUUGAGGUACAUUUAGCCGUUCUCACAUGUGAAGGGUUAAUGACUAGCCAGUGACAAACCUGUAUCAAAAUGGUGACUGGUUGCCAUUUUGCUUCUGAUGUGUCCAUUCUAACUCACUGGCCUUAGUUAGAGGAGGGCAGAAAAAGAAGCUGCCUGUAGUCAUAAUACUUCUACACUUUUCUAAAGCAUAGUGUAACUGGAGGGUGUAGCAAGUACUGAGAUCUCAUUAGGCAGACCCGUCAAACUCCCAUCAGUGAAAACUUGGUGAGGGACUCACUGGCAGAAUGAGACCAGAUGACCUGAUUCAACUGAUGUGGAGGCUCAGGAUGUUUGCAGGAAACUUGACCUGAUGAAUAAGGAUAAAAGGUAAGAAGUCACACCAGACCAUUUGAAAUCACAGCUCAGGCCUCAGCUGGAUGCAACCCAGGGUGCUCAGUUCAGGAACGAUGCUAGGAUCUCAGAUGGGGUACAGCAGGGGUUUACCAAGUUGAUGACCAGGCACAAGGCACUUCACAGGAAAACUGAGAGUAGAUGUCCCAGCGAAGGUUGGGGGGAGGCGUACAAACUCAUGAGGGGCUUCUGAUGAAGCAAAUGAGAAGAAGCCUUACUUUUGGUUAAGUUGAUCAGUUCCCAGAUUUCAGAGAGUUACAGAAAUUGAUCAAAGAUGUGGCGUGCAAAAUGAGGAGAAACAGAAAGGUGCAAUGAUCCAGAAUUCACAGCUGAUAUCGAGCAGAUACGAUGCAGAUCUUUCAAGGGGCAUCAAUAGGAUCGGCCGGCAGGGUGGCAGGAUAAAAUGUGGAUGUGGAACAAAAUUGAUCAGUGCUUUCAAAGAGCUGGCAGAGGCAUCAUGGGCAGAAUGGCCUUUCUCUGUGCUAUCAGAUCUAUGGUUCUAUAACCUGACUCAAAUAUACUUUCAAUGGCAGACACAUACUUCAAUGCAGGAACUUACUGUAUGAACCUGACAGACAUAGCUGAGGAGGUGAGGACUUCAAAGAUCAUUUCACUUGUAAGGUUUCAAUUCAGAUGAGUUAAAUUUUCACAAACUCAAAGGAGGUUAUCAGAAGAAAAAGGCAUUUUUCUAUUAAUUUUAUUGUGUUUAAACUCAUGACGACUGUCAGUUUAAGUGGAUCAUGACUGGUGAAAGUGGGGUCAGAUUGGUCAGGGCUUGUUGGUUAGUGGCAGUUACUGUUUCUCAUUAAUCUCAUUCCGACCUGCUUUUUAUGGAAUUUCAUCCACACAUAUUGGCUUUGAGCUUCCUUUGAAACACGAUUUGUUGGCCACAUUCGCCUCCAUCUGAUGUUUCGUACUAAUGUUUCAAACACUGAAAUAAAGUACUAAAAUCAUGCUUACAUAGUCCAUCUGGAGAAAGAGAAGAUAUUAUUGUGGAGAAUGUGAUCUGCAGUGAUUUGCAGAGUUCCCAUUAAAUUGCAUUAAAUUCCCACUUUUAAUAUUGUCUUUGCAAAAAAUAUUAAAUCUUGUUUGAAAUGAAAAUGCCUUGAAAUCCUUUCAGUGCCUUCUUAAAGGAUGUAUUGCCAGUUGCUCAAGAGAUAUUUUCUUCUCCGAACUAAAAGCUGUCCCUAACCUGAUGUGACCUCAGCUAUCUGGUCAUGUAUUAAAAUGUUCAAGUUAAUGAAGCAAGAACAGCAUGAGACGCAAUAUCUCAAGAUUACAUAUUUGUAAGCUGUCCCAGCUCCUCCAUCUCUCUCUCUCUCUCUGUCUCUCUCUCUCUCACACACACACAGACACUCACAGCCCCACUUUGAGAUACCAGCUCCUCCAUCAUACAUAUACACAGACUGUCCCACUCUCUGAUAUCAGCUCCUCCAACACACAUAGACACACACACACACCACACUCUCCCACUCUCCGUUACCAUGUGCUCCAUCUCACACACACACACAUGCAGUCUGUCCCACUCCCAUUAAGAAAUAGUUUCUGACAGCACCGUUUGAGUUGAAGUUGGGCACAUGAACCAUUAGUAGUCCCAGAGUCUGGGUGACUUGCCUGCAGAUGGCCUUGGUCUGCCACAGAGAACCAUAUUAUUAGAAGUUACCCAGAGAUACAUCCCACUGGCUUGAUACACAGCCAUAUCUGGUAUUGGAUCAUUUGUGAACCCAAAUCAAUGCUUAGCUACAGUGUAUACUGAGCCUGCUGAGUACUUCGAUGACUUCACACAGCAUUUGUUGUGGGUUCAACCUACACCGUCUGAAUUCAGGUUCAUAAAUUUAAUCAUAAACAUCAUCAGGUUUGUCUGUUGAUACUAGUGAUGGGUCUGGAAAUAAUUCACAAUAUAUCAAGGUGAGGUUGUGAGCAGUGUAUUCAAACCAUUCAGAAGUUACAGGACAUUGAAUGCAGAAAGAAUCAGAGCAAACUGCACUGCUGCAGGGAACUAAAUAUCUCUUGACAUGGUCUUCUGAUACCACUUUUGAUCAUUUUGUGGUUGUAACAUGGGAAGGUUUAAGUAUGGAAUAUAUUUUUAAUGAAUAAUUUUAACCAUGUAUAAUAAAAAUGAGGAAUUCUCACACCAAUGCUGCAGUGGCUGUUUGUAUGUAUCAGACAUCUCACAUAGGGGCAGAUUCUGUAACUGAGAAGGGCUAGGGUAGCCAGUGUCACCCAGGUGACUGGUACAUCUAGUGACUAUAGCAAAGAUCAAGCCCCCUCCACAGUCAUAUAAACCUCUGCAAAACCAUAUAUAGCCCAGAAAACUCUUCCUGAACCUUUACAAGGUGAUCAGAUACAAACCCGUGUUAAUCUUAUCAACCGCGAGUGAGUUAUUUGUUCUGCCACUUACUUCUGGAACUAGAGGCUGCUGGGAGCAGUGACUGGUUUGCUGUGAACUAACUAAUCACAUGAAGGGUAACAGCUGAGCUAUAAGCUCUCCAGUUAGCUUCAUUCCCUCUGGCCAGGGAGGGGGAAUCCUGCUUAGUCUUUUUGGCAUUUCCUGACUGAAAUGGAGGACAUAUAGAUUUGGGGGUGACGACUAAAAUGGGUGUAAUGGUGCAGAUCCUGUAUUUGAAUACUAUGCCAACAUUCCAUGUUUAAAUGCACACAUAAAGAAUAAAUAUUUGGGCCAGGUAGUAGAGAGUGAGUGUCACCCCAGUGG